AUGGCUCGUUCACGUCGUGCAUCUCCCUCGCACUCCCGCCCCUCCGCUGCACCUCCGCCGGCCCGCCACACUCCCCCGCCACACCAGCAGCAGCAGCAGCAGCAGCACACACAUCAGACGGCCUCAACCCCACAGCAGCCGCAAGUGACAAACGUUUACUUGCAACGUGGCGGUGGUGGCACAGGUAUCCUUGGCACCAUGGCCUCUGUUGCCGCGGGGUCCGUCCUUGGCCAUGGUAUUUCCAACAUGCUGUUCAAUCGAGAACAGCCUCCCACGCAGCCCGCAGAGGCACAGGAGAUGGCACGACAAGUCGGCGAUAGUGCCUGCUCUCCGCAAAUCAAGUCGUACUCCAAGUGUCUUGAGUCAAAUGCAGAGCACCCGGAAAACUGCAAAUGGGCGUGGGACUAUUUUUUACAGUGCCAGGAUGAACAGCAAAAAAGCCAGUAA